AUGGUCCAACAUGUUCCUUUUCUCUGGCGUGUUCGUGUUGGGAACAACAUUCGAGUCCUCUGGGACUUUAUUUUCCUACCAGGUCAAGGUCCGCAAGCACGUGGUAUCACAACUGAGGACUUCUCGAAGCCGGAGCUGUACGCAAAUAUGAAACAUUUUGAUCUGAACUCGGCCCUCACGUAUCCGGCGCCUCCUCCUGCGGAUGACGCAUCAGCAACUGGCAAAGCCAAGACUACUUAG